UGUGAUGUCUAUAGUUUUGGGGUGGUAACAAUGGAGAUAAUUAUGGGAAGGCAUCCAGGUGAUCUUAUUUCAGAUUUAUGGACACCAAAUGGCCAGCAGAUGUUGCUGAAGGAUGUCAUAGACCAAUGCCUUAAACCUCAGAGGAGGAAUAAGGUGGCUGAGCAAGUGGUUGCUACCACAAAACUAGCAUUUAUAUGUUUGCAUUCCAAUCCUCAAUUUCGUCCCACUAUGCAACAGGUUUAUCAGGCUCUUACAAGUGGUCGACCAUCUCCAUUGCCAAAGCCAUAUUCAAUGAUAAGUUUGGGAGAUUUAAUUGGAGAUGGACAUGGGAUAAAGGGCUGAGUUGCUUGGAUUUUUAUCAUAGUUCUAGGUUGCGAGGUCUAAUAAAGAACUUGAAGAAAUGUGGAUGUGUUAUCAAGUUUACUAUCUACAUUCAACCUGAAGAUUAACGAGAUCGCUUUUUAUUUUUAUUUUUUUUAAAUUAGGAAUGCAGUUAAGCUACAUACUGUGUGAACAAUUGUACUCUUUCGUUUAUUGUAACUUCUUAGGUUUUGUUUUUAAUAAAUAAUUUACUGAUGU